CUCGUGAUCCCGCCUUGAUGGGAGCGAUGACUUCACAUAUGUAAAGUCUCCAGGAUCCGAGCUCCGCAGUUUUUCCUCUGGAUUCGUCUGAGCUGUCCGCUGCGGACACAUCCUCCUCUUUGUGGAAGGUUCAAAGACAAUGAUGGAGCUAAUGACUGCUACCCCUUCCUACGCCAUGAACACAUCAGACAUCACUGGAAGAAACAACUCCUUUUACGAAGACGACGAAGAGUAUGACUACAAGGAUGAGCACGCUGAGCUGAGACAGUCCCUCAACAUCAUGUCUCUAAUUGUUUAUUGCCUGGCCUUUGUUCUCGGUGUGUUCGGGAAUGGAGUGGUUAUCUGGGUGACCGGGUUCAAGAUGAAGAAAACCGUUAACACCGUUUGGUUCCUCAAUCUAGCUGUGGCCGACUUUCUCUUCACAGCGUUCCUGCCCCUGAGCGUGACGUAUACGGCCAUGGAUUUCCACUGGCCUUUUGGCAACUUCAUGUGCAAGGUGAACAGCACUGUGAGCUUUCUGAACAUGUUCGCCAGCGUCUACAUCCUGGUGGUGAUCAGUGUGGACAGAUGUGUGUCUGUGGUGUGGCCCGUCUGGGCCCAGAACCACCGCAAUGUACGCAAGGCUUUGUGCGUGAGUCUGGGUGUUUGGAUACUGGCUCUGAUUCUCAGCGCUCCAUACUUCAUCUUCAAGGACACUGGGCCAUCCUAUCACAAUGAAGACAUCAUCAACUGCUUCAACAACUUUGCCCUUUCUGACGACUAUGAAACAGCAUCAGUGAAUGACCUGCGACAGUUUCGACAUCAGACCAUGACCAUCACCCGCUUCCUCCUGGGAUUCGUCGUCCCCUUCACGGUCAUCGUCUCCUGCUAUGCAGUCAUCAUCCAUCGCCUCAGGAGGAACCGCACCCUGGCCAGCCAAUCGAUUCGCCCCUUCAAGAUCAUCGCUGCCGUCAUCACUACUUUCUUCCUGUGCUGGGCGCCGUACCACAUCAUGGCUCUCAUCGAGAUGGUUAAUCACACGGCGAUCCACUCGAGUGAAACAUUGGACCACGUCAUCACUAUCGGUGUCCCUAUAGCGACCAGCCUGGCCUUUCUCAACAGCUGCCUGAACCCACUGCUGUAUGUGUUCAUGGGCCAAGAUUUCAAGGAAAAGGUCCGCAAGUCCAUCCUGAACGUGUUGGAGACUGCCUUCCAGGAGGAGGUGUCUCGCUCAUAUACAUACACAAACUCAAUGGUGACCAGUCGGAGUAAAGAGAAGUCCGUGUCGGAUGCUGAGGUAUAAGGUUGCCCAUGAUAUGGAUAAACAAAUUCUCUAACUGUGUAGAACAUAUAUAACUGUAUAUAACAAAUAACUUUUUUUUAAUUCAUGGAUCCUCAAGACAACCUGUAUAUAUAUAUGAUCUGAUAUUAGAAUAUUCCUUAUUAUUUGAUAGAUAUUUGCUAGCAGUCAGGUCUAAAGCAGAUAGCUGUCUCCUUAUGAAGCUGACACGUGGUGGUACUGAACAACAGGUUGUGUGAUGCUGUAGUGGGCUGGUUUAUUUUGAAAUAAUGGAAAAGUGAAAUGUUUCAAGGGACAAAACAGUUUAUUUAUGUAAAAUAAGUGUCAUAAUCAGAGGGAAGUGAAUGCUUUCCAGAAAAAUGUAAGACAGAACAGGGAGAAAAAUGCACACAUAUAACUGUUAUACACAUAAACACACAGAGGCAGUCAAACUGAAUGACAUGUACAGUGCCAUUCAUUAUACAGUACCUUUGUUAGCUGCACCCUGACAGCUGUAAGGGAUGCACUCUGCCACUUUUUCGGAAACACUUAUUUCAGAUUAGGUAUUAGAUCAGUUUAUGGCUAAAUUUGUGCAACACAAACAUGACAGAGAUGUUGUAAGAUGUGGUUGAUGUAAGGGACGUUGUGUUUCUCAUGUCUCAUAAACUCCAGUUGUUGAUUUUGAUGUCUUCGUCCGUCUGUUGCAUCAAAGACAGCAAGCAAUGAAACUAGGAGUUUAUAAGCCAUGAUCAGAGACUCUUUUUUAUCAUCAAAUACGCAGUCACAUGACCUACAAAACAUAGUAAUAAGGGACGUAUGGAACAGGUUUAACUGAAAAUAGCAUCUAGUGUUAAAUAGUGUUGUCCCAUCACUGAGGAUUAUACAAUGUUCAUUUCAUUACAUUCCCCUCGCACCCAACCCACUGACGCCAUUACUUGUGUGCCUCAUAAAAUACAUCGAUAGUGUGUGUGUGUGUGUGUGUGUGUUUGUGUGUGUGUGUGUGUGCGUGUGUGUGUGUGUGUGUAUGAGCUGACUUUUGACUGCUACAUGCCAACUGCAUGCUUUGAUAAACAUGUUAUUCAGCAUUAGGUCUGGUUCAUGAGGGCUUGACAAAGAAUUAUGUUACCAUGAGAUUGUUGUGGUUAAUUUGAAUUUGCAUUUUAACUUCUCGUUAGAUCUUUGGAUCAUUGUCAGCUGUUUUAAGAGGGCAUACUUUAAUGUCUGUGA